AUGGCUUUGACUGUGUGGGAGAAAUUCCGACCCACUGCUGCUCUCCUACUUGUCUGCGGCUCCUUCCCCUUCAGCGGGAUCUUUGGAAGCCCCCGGCCCAGCUUCCGCGUCUGCACCUUCAUCUUCCUCUACUCCAUCUUCGUAUUCUCCUUCUCCAUCUACAGCAGCAUGGGAGUAUUCCGGAUGGAGCACGAUAGCGGGUCCAUGAGAGGACCCACGAAGCAGGGCGGCAUGAGCAACAUGCAAUCUGUGGUUCAUGCCAUCCUCAUCGCGAAUUUACACGUCUUGUCUCUCUUCUACCAGUUAUAUUUCCUCGUAUUCGGUCGAAGCAUUUCGAAUCUCUUCCGUCGCUUUGAGAAGACUUUCGGGCACUGCUCCAGCAAUCUCCCACGUUGGAUCCCUUUCGUUUCAAUAGUCAUCAUCGUACUCAUUUUCCUCCUGAGAUUAUUCUUGGUCAACCACAUGAGACCGAGUCUCUUCCUGGAGUACCAGUUCUACUACGAAGCCGUGAUGGGUUUCAACAGCGCAACCAUCACGGUCUUGACCCUGGCCUUCUGCCUGGAACUAGCCAGGACCCUACAGGAGAUCCGAAUCGACUCCGACGCCGCACUCAUACAGACGAUAUAUGCCGACGUGUGGAUGCUGGCCGCCGAGCUGGGGGAAGCACUGUCCUACCCGAUCCUCGUCUCCCUCCUCAACAACUUCCUCAUGAUCUUCACCGAACUCUACAACAUCCUGGCCACCCUGUUCAACGCAUCCUGCAACCAAGCGAUCGACGUCAUGGAGCUCUCUGAGUCGAGUUUGAACCUGCUUCAGCAAUUGAUCAGAUUCUUUCUCCUCACCUUUGGUCCGUAUCACAUCGAGAAAAAGGCGAGCGAUCGCGAACAAUCGGCUCUCCUCGAGGAAAGGGGCAAAAACGCCAAAGUAUUCCGCAAGAGCGAGAGAGAGGAGACGUUGAUCUUCAUGAACGAUCAUCCCAUAAGGAUCUGUCUUGACGGCUACUUUCCACUCGGUCGCUCCAUCCUUGUUGCUAUGCUGGACGCCGUGGUGACCUACAUGGUCAUCCUCCUCCAAUUCGAGGGGACGCAAGCCUGUACGUUCGCCGGAACGCCAUCUCCGCCGCCUCACGUUCCCUGA